AUGACCACUAAACUAAGCGGCAUUCCUUGUCAGGCCCACUGGAGAAGGUUUGACAUAAGCUGUUAUUUUGUCUCAACCUUAAAGAAAAACUGGACAGAAAGCAGAAAAGCCUGCAUUGCUGAAGGUGCAGAUCUACUUGUCAUAGACACCGCUGAGGAACAGCUUUUUGUCAACGAAUUACUGGACAAGAGCGAGAGGCAAAAUGCUUGGAUUGGCCUAACCGACACACUUACAGAGGGGGUUUGGACCUGGGUGGAUGGGACCCCUAUUACCAUAGAAUACUGGCAGCCUGGACAGCCUAAUGACUUCAAAAGCCAGGACUGUGGAGAAUAUGUUUCAUCUGAUAAAGGAUCAUGGAAUGACGAUGGCUGUUUUGCGGCACAAAAUUAUAUUUGUGAGAAAUAA